AUGAAUUCUCAACCCUACUUCUCCAACAACUUGAAUGGUUAUUAUUUUGACCUAAAUAGCCCUCCAUUCUACAAUUUUCCAUCUAGUUUCCAUCAAGACAACAUAUCUUUCUCAUCUUCAUCUCAAUCAUCUCCCACUCCAAGAGAAGCUCUUCCUUUACUUAACCUAAACCCUACAAAACAUGAAGAUCUUCUUCUAGAAUCUUCUUUUUCUUCCAUGGAAAUGAUCAACAUGAAAGAGAAAGAACAACUAAGUAUAUCAUCAAAUUCUCUAGAUGAUGUUGAUGAUGCUGUUACUGUUGCUUUACAUCUAGGGCUUCCAAGUAUAGCUUCAUCUGAUUUGGCUUCUGAGAAAGAAGAUGACGAUGAAAAAGUUGUAACUCUUGCUUCUGAGUGUCCACCAAGUAAAAUUAAUAGGGGUCAGUAUUGGAUCCCUACCCCUGCUCAGAUUCUUAUUGGUCCUACACAGUUUUCAUGUCCUCUUUGUUUCAAAACCUUCAACAGAUACAACAACAUGCAGAUGCAUAUGUGGGGACAUGGAUCACAAUAUAGAAAAGGACCAGAAUCUCUUCGAGGAACACAACCAACAGCCAUGUUAAGACUCCCAUGUUAUUGUUGUGCAUCCGGAUGCAAGAACAACAUUGAUCAUCCAAGAGCAAAGCCAUUAAAAGAUUUCAGAACACUUCAAACACAUUACAAGAGAAAGCAUGGAAUAAAACCCUUCAUGUGUAGAAAGUGUUGCAAAGCAUUUGCAGUGAGAGGUGAUUGGAGAACUCAUGAGAAAAACUGUGGGAAACUUUGGUAUUGUUGUUGUGGGUCAGAUUUUAAACACAAAAGAUCACUUAAAGAUCAUAUAAAGGCAUUUGGAAAUGGACAUAAAGCUUAUGGAAUUGAUGAUCAAGAUGGCUCUGAAAUUGAGCAAGAAAAUGAAUCUUUUCAGUCAUAG